AUGGACGUUGCGGCGGGCCGAUGCCGGUCCCCUCAGUCGGGGGAGCCGGUAUUCGCCACCUUUUUGGACGACUACAGCAAGCUCUCGGUUGUAGUCCCCUUGAAGCAGGAGAACGAGGUGGCCAAGGUGACCGAGCACGUUAUUAACCGGUUGGGGUUGCAAUCCAGGAAGAAGCUCAGGUCGGUGCUAACGGAUCGGGGGAAGGGGUCCGUCAACAAAGCCCUCAAAGACGUGUUCGGGGGCAAAGGGACGGUGCACGAGAAGACCGCCCCCUACACGGCCGAGAAGAACGGGUCGGCAGAACGGCUCAAUCCGCAGUUAAAGGAGAAGGUCCAAGCGAUGCUCGAGGACUUGGGGCUGCCCAAAGAGAUGUGGGCGGAUUCCGUGGUGACGGCCAACUACACUUGGAACCGGACCCCAGUGAGCGCACACGGGAGGACCCCGUGGGAGGCGUUUUACGACAAGAAGCCCAAUAGGCGUCGGAAGUUGGUUUCGGUGAGCGAGCGGUGUGUGUUCGUGGGGUAUGAGCCGGACUCCAAGGCGUACCGGGUGCUCUGGAAUAGCGACGGGAGGAUCGUGAUCUCCCGGGACGUCAUUUUUGACGAGGGAGAGGGGAAUAACGGGUUUGUUGAGCUGAUCUGCGACCUCAUGGAGGGUUCCCCAGAAGCGUCAGGCAAGCGCGACAUCACACGCUCGCACCCGCGCCCAACAACGCGCACGCGCCCGCAACCGACCGCGGCCGCGUCGCACGCACGAUUUCCAAAACCGACCAAAAGUGGAGGGCAAGUUUCGGAAAUGCGUAAUCAGGAAGCCGUAGGGGGAGAAGCGAGUGAUCCCUGGGCGGAAGCCCAUGGACGAGGGGAUGCGUUCCCUGCUGAGGAACGGGACGUGGGAAACCUCGAAAGAUUGAUAGAGGUCAAGCCGGGUCCCGUGAAGUGGGUUUACAAGAUCAAGCGGGACGCUCACAGGAACGUGGAGCGGUACAAGUCCUGGCUGGUGGCGAAGGGCUACCCGGAGAAGCAGGGAAUUGACUUCGACGAGGAAUUGACUACGCCCCG